AUGCGCAAGAGAGCACAGCCUGCAAGGAGUGGGAAGGAAGAGAGCUCUGUUCCCUGUAUGCAGGUGAAGGUGCAGGCAGUGGGUGGGCCUUCGACUUUGAACUGCGACACCCCCAGUGGUCUCUUUGAAAGUUUAAUUGUGCCCAUCAAGACAGAGACUUUUUUCAAGGAAUUCUGGGAGCAGAAGCCCCUUCUCUUCAGAGAUGACCCUGCCCUGGCCAUGUAUUACCGCCCACUGUUCAGGCUUUCUGAGGUGAAGAGUCUUUGCAGCUGGGUUAUGUGCUAUGGAAGAGACAUAAACGUCUGCCAGUGUGACAGUGGAAAGAAGGUUUUAAAUAGAGAUGGCAAAGUGCACUUUCUUCAGCUGAGAAAAGAUUUUGAUCAGAAAAGGGCAACAAUUCAGUUUCACCGACCUCAGAGAUAUAAGGAUGAGCUUUGGAGGACCCAGGAGAAGCUGGAGUGCCACUUUGGCCCCUUGGCUGGCUCGAGUGUGUACCUGACCCCACAGGUACCUUAUGAUGAUGUUGAGGUUCCUGCCCUGCAGUUGCAGGGGGAGGAACACUGGUGUCUCCGCCAGCCCACUGUGCCUUUGGUGCAGGAGUACAGCGUGGAGGCUGAGGGCAGGAUCGGGUGCCCCGCGCACGAGUUCACAGUGAAGGGAUGUGGCUCUCCCAGGGAUUUGCUAUAUUUUCCAAGAAGGACCAUUCAUCGAGUGGAUGCUCCCCCAGGGUUGGCCCACUCUGCUUGCCUGACCGUCAGCACCUACCAGAACAAUUCAUGGGGAAACUUCCUGUUGGGCACCAUCUCAGGGCUUGUAUUUGACACUGCCAAGGAGGGUGUGGCUCCCCGGGUCGGUGUGUGGCCACGGCUGCUGGUGCUGAGGAGCACGGGGCAGGUGGAAACUGCAGCUGCUGCAACAAGAUCAAGCAGCUUUCUGAGAACCCUUGCAGACCGGCUGGGGAGCACCAAAGUGCUGCUUUUCGACAUGAAGAAGGACUUCGUUAUGAAGAGGCCCCCACCCAACGUCGUGGUUAGAGCAGAGCUUUCAACGCCAGGUAGACAGAUGCCAUGGCUGGACAGCAUAGUGAGACUGCAAUUUAAAGACCAUAUUGUGCUCACAGUAGGGUCAGAUCAGGAUCAGAUGAAAUUCAAAAUGGUUUACCUUUAUCAUUCCUUAAAGAACAAGACACACAUGAUGGCGAAUGAGGAAACAGUUCAGGCUCAUGGACUUUGCUUUCCUUUAUCACCGGUGGAUUCACCAAAGCAAAUUUGAAACAGUUCAGUUGUUUCUGUCAAGGACCUGAGACUUACUGGAGAUGAGGAAAAGUAAAGUCGGGUGUUAUCCCUCUGGACAGAAUGUUUAAUCCAGAUAGUCUAGUGCUUUUACAGAGAUCCAAUGUCUGUUAUUCCACAUACGUAUGGAAAACAAAGAUUUGUGUGCUAGGGAGUCCCUAUUGCUUUCAGCCACGAGACUGGGGAGAAGAAUGGUUAUAACCAGUUUUCCUUACCUGUGUAUCUAAUAACCCAACAGUGGCGCAUGGAAAAAGAACAGCAAAUUAGGUGUCCCAGAAAGUGACAGAAUGAUACUUUUGAGAAGUUUAUUUAAUCCAGUGUGGUAGAAAAGGCACAAUUCCAAUAAAUGUGUCAUUUUAAAUAUCAUUACCUGGCUUUGUUCUCUUUGGAAGAAACAGCUUCUUUAAAGAGCCUUAUUGGCUCUAGGAAAAUUUUAAGCAAUUAAAACAAAAAUUAACUUGUUUUUU